AGUUGACAGUUGGCAGAGCCACGGAGUGUUUUCAAAAGCUUAGAUUUUUUGUGGCACUAAACAUUUGUUUUUUCGAAAAAUAAAUCUUCGGCAUUACUUUUCUGUGAAAAAUUUAUUCAGGUGCGUCGCAAAACUCACAUAUUGAUCAUAAAAUUUACAAAAAUAUAGGUUCAUCUCAUAAUUCGUAAAAAUUAAGGCGAUAAAUGCAAUAAUUAUGUCUGUAACAAAGCGGAAACGUACACUUGAGGAUGAGAAGUUAAUUGAAAAUGGAGAUACAAUAAGCGAAACUGGAGAGAGUAAUAUCAAAGGGGAUGAAUUGAAUAUUGCUGUGUUAUUGUUCCUGUACACUCUACAAGGUAUUCCUCUAGGCCUCGCUGGUGCUGUGCCAAUGCUACUCCAGAAUAGAGGAAUAACUUAUACUCAACAGGCAGAAUUUAGUUUUGUAAACUGGCCAUUCAGUAUCAAGUUACUAUGGGCUCCUAUAGUGGAUGCCAUGUAUUGGCCAGCAUUUGGGAGACGGAAGACGUGGCUAGUACCAGUGCAAUACUUGAUUGGAAUCGUCAUGAUCAUCAUGUCAAGCAGUGUGUCAGGGUGGCUGGGUUCUGAUAGUGAAGCCCCGUCUAUGAUGUGCCUCACUGUGUCUUUCCUAUUUCUUAACUUUUUGGCUGCAACACAAGACAUUGCUGUGGAUGGAUGGGCUCUUACUAUGUUGAAAAGGUGUAAUGUUGGACAUGCAUCAACAUGUAACACUGUGGGCCAGACUGCUGGCUUUUUCCUGGGCUAUGUAUUAUUCUUGGCUUUGGAAUCUCCAUACUUCUGCAAUAAAUACCUGAGAAAUGAACCUAUUGAUUCUGGGCUUGUCACUCUCUCCAGUUUUCUUUUAUUUUGGGGCUGGAUUUUUAUUAUUACUACAACAUUUGUGGCUUUCUUGAAGCAUGAAGCCAAUGACGUGGCCGAUACCAAGGAAAGUCAAGUGAAGGGAAUGGGCGACAUUUUGAAUGCAUACAAACAACUGUAUACCAUUGUGAAGCUGCCUGCUGUACGCACUUUAGCUUUGGUGCUUUUUACAGCUAAGCUUGGAUUUAGUGCCAGCGAUGCUGUGUCAGGUCUUAAGCUGGUGGAAGCAGGAGUGCCUCGUGAAGAUCUGGCUUUGCUUGCUGUACCAUUAGUGCCAGUGCAAAUUUUGAUGCCUAUAAUAUUAGCAAAGCACACAACAGGUCCAAAACCACUAUCUUUAUGGCUACGAGCAUUCCCUUUGCGGUUGCUAGUGGGCCCACUAGCCGCGGCACUAGUGGCUGUCACACCUUCGCUACUUGGCGACUCCGGCCCUUCAUAUACGUACCUAUUCGUACUAAUGACACUGUAUAUAUUCCACCAGACAUGUUUGUACUGUAUGUUUGUGGCCGUAAUGGCAUUCUUUGCGAAAGUCUCCGACCCAGCCGUCGGCGGCACGUACAUGACGCUCCUCAACACAGUGUCUAACUUAGGGACCAACUGGCCUAACACCCUUGCUCUGUGGGCAAUAGAUCACUUGACUUUUAAGACAUGCUCAUCGAACCAAAUGAAUGAUAACACUUGCUCAUCGCCCCUGGAGACUGAGCAUUGCAAAACAAAUGGCGGGACGUGCGUCACGCGUAUUGACGGUUUUUAUAUAGAGACGGCAAUUUGUCUCGUAGUCGGUUUCUUGUGGCUGCAGUGGGGAAGACCCACGAUCAACCGGUUACAGCGACUAUCCGCCUCGGCCUGGCAAAUCGGAAAGCUGAACAGAUAAGACUGAUCUACAUUCCGUUACAUCUAUGGUUAAAUCAGGGAAAUAUGACAAUGAAAACUGCCAGUGGUUUCCAUUCAUAAAUAAAAUUUAAAAACCUUAAUUCUGGAGCAUGUCUACUGCCAAUUUAAAAUAUUUUCAGUAGACAUGCUUCUUUGUUAAACAACGGAACUAAAAUAUUUUCGUAUAAAAUAAUAACUUACAUUUUGUAACUCUCUUAUACAUAUAAAGAUGUGAAAUAUAGGUGCAAUACAUUAUUUUACCAAAGUCAUUGGAUGCAACAGUAAUUAUUUCAAAAUGAGAAAUAUUCAUGAUCUUGUUUUACAUACAUUCUUGCCAUUUAAGAAGGCAUUCAAUUUCUAUUGUUUUAUUUUAAUAUAUAUUUUUGAUCCAAUGGCUACUUUGAAUAAGUAGUUAUAGCAAUUACUUUUAUUUAAAAAAAUGAUUUCUUUUUCUCCGUAAUUUUCCCCUCGAAUUAUUUACUAAGAUUAUUGUGAUAAUAUAGGUUUCUAUUUAUUUUUAUGAAAUUAUGUUGAAAGUGCAAAUAUUAAUCUAUAUGAUAGGUUUCAGUAUUUAACUUAAUUAAAAACGGGUGGAAAGAAAAAGUAUAGUGUCAGUGAAUUAUACAUUUUAUGUACACAUCAACAAAUAUACAGUUACAAUAACAACAAUUCUAGUGUUCUAUAGAAUCUGUUAACAAUUAAACAUACAUGUGACCAUAGACGUAGAAAAAAAGGCAGGCGGAGUUUUACAAUACGGCAAAAUGAAGCACUAAUAGUAUGCCGGCCCACUGUAUAUAUACGCGCCUGACGCACAAAUUCUCACCAAUAGUGUGACAGUCGGCCGCCAUUACGUCAUAGAUAUCUCACGAAAUAACAAGUUUCACUCACACAUGCGUACAACGCCGCUAUUACUAUGUUUCACUUUUUUUUCAAGCCACACUCCGUCCACCUUCUUUUCUACGUUAAUGCAUGUAACUAAUAAGUACGUAAAAUGUUAUAUCAGUUUUCUAACAAUAAAUUAAAAUUUUAUGGCACCAUAACUUUUCUCAAUACAUACAUAUAGUCACGUCUAUAUCCCUUGCAGGGCAGACAAAUCCAACGGUCUUGAAAGGCCGCGUUUAGUUCAAUAAACCGCAUAAUUGCAAGCCAAAUCUUGAAUCAACCCUUAUUUUCAACAGUCAUUUUAUCUGCUAUUUUUGUCGUAACCAUAAGGUUAAUAAAGUACAGCCAUAUAAAAUGACCUUUGGUAGAUUUUUUUUCAAUGGAUAGAAAUUAACAUAUUUGUUCCAAUGAAUGUGUUAUAAAUAAGAUUAUACAGCUUUCGGAAGCACCAGUCAAUUAUAAAUAAUAAGCUGGUUUAUAUUUUAAACAUGAAGCUAAAUUAUUGUGCUAAAUUGCCAUAUUUUAGUGCGUUCUGUCUUAAACACUUGUUAUAUAUAAUAAAAAUAAUGGAAGUCUAAAAGACAACUAAUAUUCAGCUUUAAUAUAUAAAUUUAGAAUUUCUUUAACUUUCUCAUUUACCAUUUGUCUUACGUUAUUUCUAAAUUUAUGCUCCAUUUUUUAUUGACAUCAUAAUAAAUACAAAUAAUUUUGUUAUAUAGAUAGGUACAAAAACCAUUUAGCUAAA